AUCUUCGGCCGCCCGCGCCACGCAGCGCCCUUCCUCACUCCGGGACCCGGCAGGUACUUUCCGGAGCGAGCGGGGAAUGCGGCGUACUCCAGCGCACCUCGGCACACCAUCGCUCCCCGAAACUGGGGCUUCCGCGCGGAGCCGCAGACCCCAGGCCCCGGGACCUACACCGUGCCCUCGCUCUUGGGCCCCCGUGUCGUCGGUAAAAUCUCGGCCCCGACUUACUCCAUCUACGGGCGCAGCGCGGUGGGCAGCUUCUGCGAGGACCUCAGCAAGACCCCAGGACCCUGCGCCUACCACGCGGUGAACCCUGGGGUCUACAAGCCCCGGGCCCCCCAGUUCUCGAUGCUGGCGCGGACAUCGCUCCCCCAAGGCAACACCUUGAAUCCCGGGCCCGCAGCCUACAACGUGGACCAGGUGCACCGGAAGCCUCGCGGAUGGAGCUUCGGGAUCCGUCACUCAGACUACCUGGCCCCUGUGCUGACGGACGUGAAUGACUGAUCGGCCGGGCGGGCGCGGCCCCACAAAUGUUUUUCUUAAAAGAUUCCGGAGCCAGCAGCGUGUCGCCUUCCCUCUGCUUGCGGCGCGGCGGGCGGGCAAGAGAGGCAGCAAGCGGGCCCUCGCGAUUGGUCAGGAUACCCGCCCCUCCGAGGCGGUGAUUGGCCCAGAGCCCCGCCUGGCCGUGAGGCCCCGCCCCUCCGUGGCUCUGGCCGGAGGCGCCAUCCCGCCGCUCCCACGCUGUGGCCGCCGGCAAGACAGGGAGGAACCCGCUAGGAUUCGAAAGACGGGCUAGGGCAUCUGUGCAGGACAGGUACGGACCGGGGUCAGUUGUGAGACCGAGAUGUGGGAGCCAGACACGGAGACAUGCACACGGGCGACACAGACACUGGACUGAGGGGACUACACGAGAGAAAAACGGGAACCGGGUCGGGACAAGUGAGCCUGGCUGCAGUGACACGGACACAGGGCGGUGACAGGUUCCAAGUGUGUCGCAGCCCGGAGUAGUUGCGGACGCCUGUCCCCACCUGCCCCAGUUGCAUCUGCUGAACUCUCCCAGGGAGGGAGCCGGAGCCCAAGCAACUGCCGUACUGAAGUCAGGGGUUUCGUGAGUGCUGUCCUGGAAGGCACAGGGCGCGCAAAUCCAUGCGUGGCGACGGCUGGCCGCCCCUGACUCCGACCCAAAGGUCAGGCCCAGAGACUGCCUGCCCCCGGCGACGCCAUAGCGCCCCACCACUGCCACUGCCACUCGGGAUAACCCACUGCAGGGGGAACGCCCCCCCCCUUGUGCUGCCUACACCACUGUACCCACGCCUAGGGGCCAUGAUCUUGCCAUCCGCCUGCGAGGCAUGGAUCUGGUGGAGACUGCAGCGCUGACCCGUCCUGGGCAAGUCUGGGCAGCAACUGGAGUGGCCUGGUGCCAAUAGCUCGGGGACAAACGUGCCCUGAGGCAGAGUCAUGGCACCUGCCCUGCCUGCCUGUGGCUGCAAGGUUAAAAGAUGCCUCCUCUCAAGACCAGAAACUCUGACCUCAAAGAGGUCAGCAGCCCAAUUCAAGCCUGGCCCAAACAGGACCCCAGGGCAGAACCUGAAUCUCCCUUCCCAUCAACCCCCAAGAACAGGAACAAGUCUUCCAGCUCUCCCUCCUAGAUUCCGCAGGCAGGACUCCCAAAGGAAGAGCCGGUACUGCUACCCCUCCACCCCCAGACUUAUGCCUCAAGCGAGAGGUACUUGCCUCCUCCCCCACUGACACCCGCAUCCCAAACCAGGACGAUCUGUUUUCAGUUUCCUCUCCAGUUGAAUACCCACUACUACACUGCUUAGUAAAUACUUAACUCCA